AUGACAGAUUUCACUACUAUAUUAUUACGAGAUUUAACACAAUUAUUAGAAAAAGGUAUCGACUAUAAUGUGGUAAUCCAGGCUGGUGAAGAACCUAAUACAAAAUCAUUUCGAGCUCAUUCUGGAAUUUUAAAAGCGAGAUGUCCAUAUUUUCAAACAGCUUUAUCUGAGACUUGGGUUAAACAAGAAGAUGGAAUUAUUAUUUUUUCUAAGCCUAAUGUUUCAGCCGAAGUUUUUGAAGUUGUACUUAGAUAUAUUUAUACGGGUAGAAUAGCUUUAGAUAAACAUGAUGGUGUAGAUAUUCUAAAUUUAUUAAUGGCUGCAGAUGAAUUAAUCCUCCACGAUUUAUUCGGUUACAUUCAACAACAUCUUGUUACAUAUAAAGUUCAAUGGAUGGAAGACAAUUUUGAUUUGGUGCGUCGCACCGUUUUUCAAAAUGACCGUCUAAAGAGACUUCAAGAAUAUUGUGUUGCAAGAAUAUCAACAAUACAACAAUGUAUCCCGUUGGUUCGAAUAUUUCAAAUUUCUUCAAAUGAUUUUCAUAGUAGAAUAAUGCCAUAUAGAGAUAUUAUACCUAAAGCUUUAUUCGAAGAUGUAAUGAGAUAUCAUAUGGUACCGGAUUGUCCGCGACCUCUCUCAUUAAUGCCCUCUAGGCGUGGAGGAAUUGAAUCUAAUUUAUUACGUUCUAGACAUGCCGCUUUGAUUUCUAGUUGGAUCGAUAGAAAUGACUUAAAUGCGUUUUACAAUACUACCAAUAUCAAAGCAGCUUUACUCUCAAGGGUUCAAGAACCUUCGAGAGCUGUGCUUUGUUCACAAGCUAUAGGGGCAUGCUUUGGUAGUGGUGAUUUGGUUAUGGGUGGAACUCAUUCCAAUUUUAAUGUCGAAUUAGGUUGUUCAUGUAAACGGCAAUCCUAUGAGAGGCCUUUAAUGAUUACUAAUCAUGAUAGGUUUAGUGUUGAUGAAUAUGAGGUUUUUAAGAUUGUAUCAAAAUUGGGAACACUUAAUCAUACUACUCUUAAUUAA